UAGCCCCAUCCCGCGUUGAAUCUGGGCGGACCCGCAGUCUCGAUUCGACCACCGCCGCGAUACCACGCGUGUUGUUCUACAAAAAACCUUCCCGCCUUACGAAACGUCGCUAUGGACGGACAUAGAACCAAUUAAAAUCAACACAAUGGAUUAUACGUCACAGAUAGGUCGAGUAAACGGUGACGUAAUGACCCAAGCCCACGAGCCACUAAACAUAAUGGACGGUACAAACGCUGACUACUCCACAAAGACCAAGAGGGGGGUCUACCUCUCCAAAUGCCUGGCCUUCAUAAUCCUUGUGAUUUUCGCGCUAGCCCUGGUGACAGCCUCUUUAUUGGUCUACAACUACGCAGCAUGCCCUAAAGUCGACCAAUUGGCAAACGUUACGAAGUACGAGCUCUGCCAUUGUGACCAAUCAAAGCUCUUAGUCUUACCACUGACAACAGAAAGCAGUAGAUCAGUCAUACCUCUAGAGACAACAACACAUUCUUCAGUGACAAACAUCACGAAUCUCUGGCUACCAAAACACGUGAAGCCAGAAAGAUACUUCUUGAACAUAACGCCUUAUAUCUUCGAAGGGAAUUUCACUUUUGAUGGAGAAGUCACAAUAUAUCUGACUAUUGUUGAAGAAACAAAAGAAUUAACGUUCCAUGGUGUUGAAUUAAAGAUACAUGAAAUAAGGAUCCAUGAAAUAGAUGACGAUCACUUGAUAUACAUUGUUAGACAUUUGGAAGAUGUUCCUAGGAAUUUUCAUAUUUUGACAUUGGGUUCUAGUUUAUUGGUUGGGAAACAGUAUGUUAUGUCCGUCAGAUAUACUGGAUUGUUGAACGAUAACCUACAUGGAUUCUACAGAAGUUCAUAUGAAGAGAAAGGAGUUAAAAAAUGGAUAGCAGUCACCCAGUUCCAGGCUAUGGAUGCCCGCCGUGCGUUCCCGUGCUGGGACGAACCAGCUCUCAAAGCAAAGUUCACCAUCAGCAUCGCACGACCAAACAACAUGACAUCUCUCUCUAACAUGAACAUCGUUAGACAGAGUCCGCAUGAAAUACUCCCGGACUACACAUGGGACCACUAUGCAGAAUCAUUACCAAUGUCUACGUACUUAGUAGCAUUCACGGUAACCGACUUCAAGAAUAUGACGAACAAUAAGUUCUCGGUCUGGGCUAGAAGUGAAGCGGUCCAAUCAGCUGCUUUUGCUUUGGAAAUUGGACCAAAGAUACUGAAGUAUUUAGAAGAGUAUUACAAGAUAAAGUUUCCCUUGCCGAAGAUAGAUAUGAUUGCUUUGCCGGAUUUUAAGAAUGGCGCUAUGGAGAAUUGGGGAUUGCUCACUUUUAGGGAAAUUUCAAUGCUAUACGAAGAAGGUGUAUCAGCCAGCACCGAUAGGGUCCACGUGGCUACUGUAGUAGCUCACGAAAUUGCUCAUCAAUGGUUCGGCAAUCUGGUGACUCCGAUCUGGUGGAGAGAUCUCUGGCUCAAUGAGGGCUUUGCUACUUAUGUUGAAUAUGUUGCUGUUAAUGCUGUCGAAAAAUCAUGGAAUAUAACCGAGCUAUGUGUUCUGGACAUAGUACACAACGUGUUCCAACUAGACGCCCUCAACUCCUCGCAUCAGCUGUCUGUUGAAGUCAGCGCCUCUGAGGAAGCUGAUGCUAUAUUCGAUAAGAUUUCGUAUGGAAAAGGAUCAGCCCUACUCCGUAUGCUGAACCACGUCCUCAAAAGCGACGUCUUCAACGCCGGCGUGACCAACUACCUGAACUCCAAGAUGUACGGCAAUGCUGAACAGCGUGACCUCUGGAGUGCCCUCACCAGUGCAGCCAGGAAGACUGGAGACUUUGACGCUGAUGUCGCAGUAGUCAUGGACUCUUGGACCCUGCAGACUGGCUUCCCAGUCCUGAUUGUCACGAGGAAUUAUGAGAAUGGGACUUUGUAUUUUACACAGGAACGGUUCGUAUUAAUCAACGACACAUUUGGAGCGCAAAAAUCUCCAAUAUGGUGGAUACCGGUGUCAUACACGACAGCUUCUGAGAAAGACUUUGAAACCACCCAACCCAAGCUAUGGCUGAAGGGAGAGAAGUCUCUGACCGUCACCAAUAUUACUAUGAAGCCGGAUGACUGGUUCAUUGCAAAUGUUCAACAAACAGGAUUCUACCGUGUAAACUACGACCUUCAGAACUGGAAGCUUCUCAUCAAAAUCCUCAAAGAUCCCACCCGUUUCCAAGAGAUCCACAUCAUCAACCGUGCUCAGCUGGUAGAUGAUGCCAUGAACCUCGCACUCACCGGUCGGUUGGACUACAGAACUGCUCUGGAUGUGACCAGCUACCUCGCACAUGAGAGGAGCUAUGUGCCUUGGAAAGCGGGCUUGUCGGCGCUGGGGUAUAUUGACACGAUGCUCUCGAAAGGUGCUCAUUAUUUGGAGUAUGGGCACUACGUCCUCCGACUUCUAAACGAUGCAGUCAAGGAAGUUGGAUGGAAGGUGUCUCCGAACGAGAGUGUCAUCACAUCACAGUACCGAGUGGACCUACUGGCUUCGGCCUGUCACUUCGAACACCCUGACUGCUUGGAGAAUGCCGUCAGGAUGUAUACUAAUUGGAUGCUUUCGCCGAAUCCUGAUGCGCAUAAUGAGAUCCACGUAGACCUUCGCGGCAUAGUCUACUGUGUUGGAGUGCGAGCAGGAGGCGUCAGAGAGUGGACAUUCGCGUGGGAGAGGUUCAGAGUGGCAACAGCGCCUUCGGAGCGGCAUCGUCUUCUGUCAGUGCUCGGAUGUACUAGAUCACCUUCUUUGUUGCAUAGGUAUCUAGAAAUGUCACUGCGCAAUGACAGCGGCAUCAGAAAGCAGGACAUUGUACGCGUAUUCUCGGCAGUCGCGGGCACAGCAAUAGGACAGCCUAUUGCCUUCAACUACAUCAGGGCUAACUGGCAGAGGCUACGAUCAUUUGUCGGAUCCCUAUCAACUAUCAAUUUGAUCGUCAAGCUGGUGACCAGAAGAUUGAAUCAAGCGCAUGAAUAUGAUGAGUUGAAGAGAUUUGUCACAGAAUUCUGCAGCGACUUAGGCAGACCAGUACAGCAAGUCUUGGAGACGAUAUCCUCAAACGUGCAAUGGAGAGAUCGGAACUACCAUACUAUUGUCGACUGGCUGAGGGCGGCAGACAGGGCAGCCAGUUAAAGUAGACUAAGAAUAUUCUAGAAUGAAAUAAAUAGUCAAUAGGCAGUAUCAUGCACAAAUCCUAUAAAUGGUAAUAUUACUGGUCAAAUAUACAAUGAGUAUGAAUUCCUUUGGCCUAAUUUUUUAAGGGAUUUUGUAAGGUUUCUUUCUGUUCUUGUGAAAUAAAAUUAUCUCUCUGAAGUCAGUCAUUUGAUGCCUUGCACACGCGUAGCAGUGUGUUCAUUUUGAUCAUUGUCAAGUCCGUCAAUUAUAGGGCGGUAAUGUUAUGUGACUGUUCGAAGAGUCAAAAUUAUUUUCAUGGCUGGAAUAUACCUAUACGUAAUUAUAUUAUUUUGAAGUUAUAAGGUUGGCCAAAAAUUAGGGACAAAAUGGAAUAGAGAUAAGUGUCAUCUGCGUAACAUGAUGAGAGAUGAUCAUGACAAGAUGUAAUUCUAGUACCAAGGUUAUACCAUAGUGUAAUAUAAUUGAGCAUUUUUAAGAUCUGAUAUUUAUUUGAACAUAAUGAGUCCUAUCACUAAGAUUUAUAAGCAAGACCUUAUCAAAACAUAGUAGGUACAGGCAGCAGAUCAAGCUUCUGCAAUUUGACUUCCUUAAAUAUACUUUCAACUUUAUCUCCAAAGUAUAAGGUUCAAUUUUAACAGGGAAAAUUGUAGUAGCUUGACGUGCUGGCGUCUGUACUAAGAAUUAAAUUAAUUUCUUAACAAAAUGUUUUAGAUAAUAAAGUACUUAUAAGAACAAAAUAUAUUUGUAGAUUUUUUUUUUUUACAAACAUUUUUGUAUGUAAUUUUCUGAAAACUUCUGUGGGCGGCCUAAUCACAUCAUCUAAAAUGGCCUAAUUUUCGAAUUUAUAAAUUGAACUUUAUGCCAAAUGCAGAGAACUUAUUUUUAAGUACAACGAGCAUCGAUCGGUGUUGUCUACCGGCCGUGACGUAUUUUCAAUACAUUUCAAUGCAAUCAAUGUUUACAUC